AUGAAUCAUCUUUUGUCGUUUUUCAGUUUUCCAUUUAGCAUCCUCCUGUGCAACAACAUCAAUCAACGUUCGUAUGACGGCGAGCGUUUACAAGCGUCCUCCCUCCCUCUCCACAUGACCUCCGCUUACUCAUACGAUACGGAAUCGUUCACCAACUGGGUUCCUGGCUUCAAGGCAUUGUUAGACGUUAUCCUUUACAGUGCCGACUUUGGUCUUAAGUGCGUACGGACCUUACCAGUGCCCAGGCAAGACCAAGUCGUGCACACCCCCGAGGCACCCUGCGAAACGAUGAAUAUGAGCUCGAAAGGCGAACCGGUGACCGGGUUAGAUGUGUACGACCUCCCAAACAAAGAAUUGCUCAGUGACCAACUGCUGUUUUGGCCAACUUUCAUUUGUACAACUAGGAACUUCGGCACUCGCGUCACUUUUGUGUUGUGA